CCAAAUAGAAUCCCAGUAAAAUUUGUAAAGUAUAGAAACAUUUUUACCAUAAAUCGUAAGCAAAUAAUUAAUGCCAUGUAACAGGAGUUUGAGUAUUCUAAAAAGUUUAUCCAUAAAUUUCUAAUAAGAAAAAGUCAUCUCAAACUCACUGGAACAAAAUUGAGAACAGAUUUUUGCAGUUUCGAUUGAUUGGAAAUGGAGAAAAUGUCCUCAGAUAUGGGUUCAUCUAGUGGGAACAGUAGUAGUGGUGGAGAUGACGAGGUAUUACCCUCUAUUAUUGAAAUGGAUGACCAAUCCCAGGAACGUUCAAUAAGUUUGCGUGUAAUGAAUAAUUCAAGCAGUGUCCUAAAGAAAAUUGCCAAUCUGUAUGCGGAACAAUUAAUGUCGGACAUUAUAUUGGUGGUGGGUGACCAACAGUACCCGGCCCACCGUGUUAUCCUAUGUGCCAGUAGCGAUGUGUUCCAAGUCAUGCUUAUGAAUCCCGAGUGGAAUGAGUGUCGAAAGCACGUCAUCGAAUUGGUUGAGGAACCAUGCUGUGAGGCUGUAUUUCCACAAUUUCUCAAAUAUUUAUAUGUGGGUAAAAUCAAUAUAUCCCUUAACACCGUAAUGCCCAUGCUGGCAUUGGCCCAUAAAUACAAUGUGCAAGAUUUGGUGGAACUCUGUGUCCAAUAUAUGACGAAACAUACAGCUAAGGCAGCUACUCAAGGAUUUCUAGUUUCCUGGCUUCAAUACACAAUUGCCUUUAGUCCUCAGCACAAAGAGUUAACGGAGGCCCUAAAACGUUUUCUCAAAUGGAAUUUAGAAAUUGUGUCCGAAUCCAAAGAUUUUAUGGAACUUGAUGUUACGGUUAUGGCCAUACUAUUGCAACAAAAUGAUUUGGUGGUGCGCAGUGAAUACAAACUAUUUGUGAUUUUGGAAAAUUGGUUGCUACAACGUAAAGAUCUACUGGAUAAUGACGACAGCUUAACAGAUGUGGAAAAGCAUGAUCAUUUCAUACAACUUAUAGAACAAACGGUUAUUCAUAUAAGAUUUGCCAUGAUGACUACUCGCGAAUUAGCUCAUUUAUUAAUUUUUCCUUUGUUGGAAUACCACAAAGAAUUCAUCGUUCAGCAUAUGGCCAUUGGUAUGUCGUACCAAUCGGGCCAGGAGGAACGUGUAAAAGAGGUGCGUAACUCUUUGGAUGGUUGUCUACAAUUUACACCACGUCUCUAUUCGAACGACACGUGGAGUAUCAGUAAAGUAGUGAACAAUUUCGACUUGAUUGACAAAUAUAGUAAUUAUGUGACAUGUUUCUUUACACCGGGGAAUAUUGCUGAGACUGAAGACGAACAACCAAUAACAUGGGAAGUGGAAUUCUUUCCUCGUGGUAUCAAAUACAAUAAAGCCAAAAUGGUGUGGGGCGAAGACGUCCCGGAAGUCUCUCUUAAUACGGUGCGAGUAAGAGUGACUUGUAAACAUUUACAAGUAAAUGAAAAACGUUUUAAAAUUGCUUGUCUUAUAACUGGCGUACAAAAUAAAAUCGAUCAUAUUCUAACUUUGCAUGAACGAACCGAAUACUUUAGUGGUGAGCAACGUGUUGUUAACUUAGAUAAUUUAAUACCUUUCGAUGAAUUGGCAUUAUCUUCCAUUAAUCUAUCCCCCCAUUUGGUGGGACCAAAUCGUAAUAACUUGGAAUUACACGUCAUAAUUGUACCAAUGGGUCCCUAUACUUGCCGUGAUACUCCCUCUUUUGAUUUUAAAUAAAGUUUCGUUUCACUUAGACGUUUAUUUUAUUGAAUACCAAACUACUCCCCACCCCUUUCCUCCAACCAACUCUUGCUAAUAUUUACUCUACACAUGUAAUAUGUAAUCAAAUGAUCUUUUUUCAAAUAUUCCUUUUUUCCCCUAUAUUGUUUUAAGAUAUUAUUAUUUUUAUUUUUGGGUUGUUUCACAGCUAUUGAUAAUAUUAAGUUGUAUAUUAUGUUUACCUUUUAUUUAAUUGUUAUUAUUUUCGUAAAUUUACAAUGAUUUCGGUAUAAAAUCACUUUAGUUUUGUAAUAAAUAUGAAAUUGUAUUAAAUUGAAUUCAAUCGACUGCUAAAAUAAAUACAUACAUAUAACGUUUUAUGAAAAAA